UACAGAGCAGACCCGGCCGAAGAUGCUCCUUCCGAGCUCCUCCCCGUCGCCCUCCCCCGUGAGAAAAUGCCAAGGGUAAAGUCAAAGCCCGGGCGGUCCAACUCCCGCGCGCUAGGACCUGGCAGCCACCGAGGCGGCGACGGGUGACUCGCUUUCUGUGCGAGCGGAUGGAAUUACUCUGGCAAUCCCAGCCCCUCGGCCGCCUUUCCAAGGGACCAGGCUUGUUUGGGGGAAGGAAGGCGGAGGAUCGGCCGGGAGAGCGCGCGGCGGGGCGGAUAGAUGGGCCAACCUUAGGACCUGGAGAAGCUGGGCUAUGAUUUGGGCAGUAGGCCCCCCAUCAAUUUGCUACACUUCCAGUACUCCUGCCCAGAUACUGGAAGAAAUCAGCUGUCUUUAUACCGACCCUCAGCUGUUCGGCAGCAGGCAGGAUGGUUCCCCAUUAAUGGUAGACGUGGUCAGUGAUAUUGAAGCUGAAGACCCCCCUUGCAACUUCCACCCUCCAAGCUUCCUCCAGGUCUCAGAGGUGGAAAUGAGAGGUUCGGAGGAUGUUGCCCCUGGCACUGUGUUACAGCGGUUGAUCCAGGAGCUGCGCUAUGGCAACCCGAACGAGAGCAUGAACCUGCUGGCCAUCCAGCACCAGGCCACGGGGAGCGCGGGACCGUCCAACUCCACUGCCAGCACACUUUCUUCUUCCACGGAAAACCUGGUGCCGGAAGACCCACAAAUGGUCCGGCAGUCAGCGCGCCAGGAACCACAGGGCCAGGAGCAUCAAGGGGAUAACACUGUGAUGGAGAAGCAGCCCAGGGGCUCCCAGCCUCAGCAGAACAAUGAGGAGCUACCGACUUACGAAGAAGCCAAAGCCCAAUCUCAGUUUUUCAGGGGUCAUCCUGGCACUGUUGGGCCAGGUUUUUACACGGCGGGAACCUCCUGUCCAAAAUCUAGGACGGAAGGGAGGCCAACGCUGGCCCGUGCCAACAGUGGGCAGGCACACAAAGAUGAAGCGCUUAAGGAACUGAAGCAAGGCCAUGUCCGGUCCUUAAGUGAGAGGAUCAUGCAGUUGUCGCUGGAGAGGAAUGGGGCUAAGCAGCAUCCCCCCACCUUGGGGAGAAGCAAAGGGUUCAAAACGGGUGGGCCGUCCCCUUCCCAAUCCACCAGCAAAGGCGUUGAUCCAAGGGGGCCGCCCCCAGACUAUCCGUACAAAAGCAAGCAGGUGGUCUCUCCAGUGAGCAAAACUCAGGAGCCGGGGAUGUUUUUUAACGACCAGCACUCCGGGGUGAUCCAAGAAGGGGUGAAGCCUUCCUAUUCAGCACCGCAGGCAGCGAGGAGUGAAGUAGCUGUUGUACGAUACCAACCUCCCCCGGAAUACGGUAUGACUAGCCGUCAGUGCCAGUCAUCUUUUCCCUCAAUGCAGAUGCAACAGCAGCACAGUCCGAUGUCCUCGCAGGCUUCCUCUCUUACCGGCCCAUUGCACUCUGCAUCUUUGCCGCCUUUCUCAAUGGCCAUGGCAUCUCAAUCUCUGCCUGCAACUCCACCGAGCCAGCAGCAGCUCACACCAGAUGCAUUUACUAUAGUGCAACGAGCCCAGCAAAUGGUGGAGAUGCUCUCAGAUGACAACGAGGCCCUGCAGAAGGAGCUGGAGAGCUAUUACGAGAAAGCGGAUAAGCUUCAGAAGUUUGAAAUAGAAAUUCAGAGGAUUUCAGAAGCAUAUGAAGAUCUGGUGAAGAUGACCACCAAGAGAGAGUCACUAGACAAGGCAAUGCGUAACAAGCUAGAAGGUGAAAUCAGACGGCUCCAUGAUUUCAACAGGGACUUACGUGAGAGACUGGAGACUGCCAACAGGCAGCUGGCCAGCAGAGAGUUCGAUGGGAAUGAAGAUAAGGCAACAGAGGGUCUUUAUGCUUCUCACAACAAAGAGCACUUGAAAGAGAAAGAGAAGCUGGAAAUGGACUUGACAGCCCUGCGCAUGACCAAUGAGGAGCAGCGAAGGCACAUCGAAAUCCUGGAUCAGGCUCUGAACAGUGCACAAGCCAAAGUGAUCAAACUAGAAGAGGAGCUGCGCAAGAAGCAAGCUCAUGUGGAGAAGGUAGAGAAACUCCAGCAGGCUCUAACUCAGCUUCAGGCAGCCUAUGAGAAAAGGGAGCAAAUGGAGCGUCGUCUGCGUACCAGGCUGGAGAGAGAGCUGGAAUCCCUGAGGAUGCAACAGCGGCAAGGGAACUACCAGGCAGCCCCCCUGCCGGAGUACAACAUGCCUGCCUUAAUGGAACUAGUACGGGAGAAGGAAGAGAGGAUUCUGGCUCUGGAAGCUGACAUGACCAAGUGGGAACAGAAGUACCUAGAGGAGAGUGCUAUCCGGCACUUUGCCAUGAAUGCCGCGGCUGCAGCUGCAACAGAAAAGGAUACCUCAGCUACUAAUCACUCACGGAAUGGCAGCUACAGCGAAAGUUCCCUGGAGGUCCGCAUGUGGCAGGAAGAAGAAGAGAUUUUGCAAGCCAACCGGAGGUGUCAGGACAUGGAAUACACGAUCAAGAAUCUGCAUGCAAAGAUCAUAGAGAAAGAUGCCAUGAUCAAGGUCCUCCAGCAGCGGUCCAAGAAGGACCUUGGCAAAGCUGACGCUUCGAGCUUGCGGCCUGCUCGAUCCGUCCCAUCUAUUGCUGCAGCAACAGGAGCUCAUUCCCGCCAGACCUCCCUCACCGGUAGCCAGAUGGCUGAUGAGAAGAAGGAAGACAAGACUUGGAAAGGGAGUAUAGGAUUACUCUUAGGGAAGGAGCCCCAUGAUCAUUCAUCCAUCCCUUCGUUGCCUCUGCCUCCUCCCUCUUCACUGUCCUCUGCAACAUGUUCGUGGCCAGUGACCAUCUGCCACACUAAAAUGGGCAGCAAAGACAGCAGCACUCAGACGGACAAAGGCUCUGAACUUUUCUGGCCAAGCUCUGCUUCUUUUCCAGGCAGGGGGAAAUUGAGUAACACUCCUGGCAGUAGCCCAGCCCUAAGGCACAUGGCAGGCAGAGGCAUUGGGGAUAGACUGGAGAACUCUCCCAGCCAUGGGAAGCUAUCUGACAGCAAAGGCAGGGUGAGCAGCCUGCUUCACAAGCCUGAAUUCCCAGACCCAGACAUGAUGGAAGUCCUUAUUUGAAGCUAUGGCAUCAUUCUUGAGUUUUCCCCUCUGCUGCUAGUGCAUAUGACCCCCUGGAGGAGGGUGCUGCUGCUGCUGCUGCUGUGCAAAAACAUAAGACCUCUAGAGGAAGACAUAAAGCUGGACCAAGAAAGUUUAACUGUACAAGGACCCCCCAGAGUGAAUCUGACUUUUUUUGUUUUUUACAAAGCACAGGGGAUGUGAGAUGUUGGAAUUGGAGCAUGUGGGAUAUAUGCUACGUACAAUCAAAAAAGCAUUGGUCAGUGAGAUGUGGAUUUGAAAAAGUGAUGGCAGUGACACAUAGGAAACUGCAUUUUUUAUUGGGAAGAUCUUUGAAAGGUGUGGUCAGCAUGCUAAGGACUUUUCUGCAACCACCAAUGCAGGUUUUUUUAUCACUUGCUAGCUAACUAGAGUAGCUACAUUUCCCGGUGUGAGAUGUUUUGUGCCACAUACACACCUGGGAUGAGGGAGCAGGACUUCCAUAUAUUAUCUACUGCCUUCUUCCUGUUUUUGUUUUGCUUUGUUUUUGUCUCCCUAUGAUCCACCUUUUUAGAGUCCUAGCAGAAGAGGCUGCAAAAUGAUGCAUUCUUUCCAUGGAUUUCUGCAACUCUUUACCUGUAUUUAAUAUUUAUUGAGCAACGGCAGUAUGCUUUAUGCUAUUGACAACACAGAAGCAGCAUGGUCCUUGCUAAGAGGGCUUAGAACACGGGUAGCCAAUGUGAUGCUCUCCACAUGUUUUUGGAUUACACCUCCCUUCAGGGAUGAUGGGAGUUGUAGACCUACAACAGCUAGAAGGCAUCAUAUUGGCUACCCCUAGGCAGAGCUUGGAAAAGUUACUUUUUUGAACUUCAACUCCCAUCAGCCCCAGCCAGCAUGGCCACUGGAUUGGGCUGAUGGAAGUAAUAGUUCAAAAAAGUAACUUUUCCAAGCUCUGUCCCUAGGUUAGAAUCCUACACCCAGAUCUUAAACACAUCACAAGUGAGACUUAAUGACUGAUCUCCUUCCCGAAGGGCAGUUGGGUUAGUGUGUUGGGGCAAAACACUAACUAGCUAAGCAAAAGAGUCCUGCACCAUUUUCAAGCCUAAUUCUUUGUGGCAUAAACUUUAACAGGCUUAGAGUUUCAAGCAAGGGAUAUUCCCAGCUGUACCUUGAGAUACUAGAUGCUGUACUACUGAGCUGUGGCCCUCUCUGAAAAUAUAAAUAUGGGAUGCUAUGUAAUGGCAUAGGAAGCUGCCUUAUAUUGGCCCCUUUAGCUCAUUACUGUCCAUUCUGUCUGGCAGCGCUCUAGCGGUUUUCAGACAGGAAUAUCUCCCAGCCCUACUUAGAGAUGCCAGGAAUUGAACCUGGGACCUUCUGCAUGCAAAGCAGAUGCUCCGCCCCUGAAGCCUAUCUCAAAUCAUUUCCAACUUUGUUACAGACUUGCCUGCUUUUUUGGUUAAAAAAAAAGAAUAAUGAGGUCCAGGUCCUCAUAUCUUGAUAAAAAUACCCUGGGUGCUAGCACAAAAUGACUGGGAUGGGCAGCAAAAAAAGGAGUGCCAGUACUCCAUACCAGUGAAUUCUGUCACACACACAAAAGCCCUGCUUUUCUGACUCCAGCUUACUUACAAAAAACCUUUUGCUCUUGCUAUUUGAGGGUGUGGAAUGCAAACAUGAAAAGAGCAACACAGGAGCCUCCUGGCACAAGAGAGAAUGUUUGGAUCUUGUAACCUAAAUAUAUGGGAACCAAAAUAUACAUAUCACUAGCCCCAUCCCUAAUCCUGGUGUACCACCAUCUUCCCAAUGCACUACGAGCCUGCUUCUUCUCCUGCCUGUUUGGGUGCUAGAAUGUGGCCAGUUCUGUUGCUACCACCAACCUCCUUUUGUGCAUGACUGAGUAGUCCCAUCUACACUGUACAUUUAAAGCACUCAUACCAGUUUAAUAGUGACGGCUUCCUCCAAAGAAUCCUGGGAACUGUAGUUUGUUAAGGGUACUGUGAAUUGUAGCUCUGACUAAACAAACUACAAUUCCCAGGAUUCUUUGGGGGAAGCCAUCGCUGUUAAAGUGGUAUAUGAGCGUUUUAAAUGUAUUGUGUGGAUAAAGCAGGAAAAGGGAGGGGGCUUUUUCUUUCUUUCACAUAUCAUAAAACCAGUCACAAUCAGCUCAACGUGUAUAGAGGUCACAAACAGAAGACUGUGGUGACGUAGCUCUUGUUAGAUGGUAAAACUUCAAAGUGCAGGUAGGGGAGUGGCAAAAAAAUGUUUUCCCAUAUUAAAAAUAAGUAAAUCCCUGAUCACGGUAAAUUAUCACCUAUGAGGGGGGGCAGGGAAAGGAUAAGCUAGGCUGGAACCUUUCUGAAUAUGUUUCUAUGUGGGGAGGGAGGGGCAUUUUAUGUGCAGCCAAACAUGCAGUUUCCCACCUGCAAAGUGGUAUGGCUAAGCUUGUAUGUUCCCUGCCCAUAGACAACUAGCAUGUCAGGGGGACAAGAGUUGUGGCCUACUCUUCUCCAGGUUGUGUUGGCUUUUCUUUUGCCCUCUCUCUUCCCCUCCUUUUUAGGGUGUGGCCUCAAACCAAAUCCUACCAAUCACCCACUGUUGUUUCUCUCUUAGGGUGCAACCACUCCCAGUCAUACUGCACUGGGGUUUCCCUGGGUCCUAAUGCUAGCUGGCUAACCUCAGCUGUGUCAUAUGCGCUUGACUCUUGUGGCAAAAGUCCAAAACAUAGAGCUGCACAGCACCAAGGAUUACUUUUUUUCUGAAGGCAUGUUCGCCUGGAUGAGAGGCUUAGAGUAGUUUUGAAAAAAAGUUAAAUGUGGUUUGGGAGAGAUUUUGAUUCCCCGGUGUACACAUACAUUUCUUUUGCCUCACAAGGUUUGUAGAUUUUUGAAACCACAUAGAAAAACUGCAGAAUCUAUUUGCCAGACAUAAAAAUGAGUUGAAGGUACGCACACGAGCAACUCCGCCUGCCCUCCCCUGGAGUGCAGGAGGUCAGCUAGGCUGGGGAAGGCCCUGUUCUCCUGGGUCAGGGAGGCAGUCUGUGCCUUCUUCCAGAGGAGAACUAAUACACUCCAUGUUAUGUGACUGUGGGAAUAAGAUAACAAGAGAUCAACAAGUCCCACUUGCGAUAUUACAGUGGAUGGGAGUAAAGGAAAAGCUUUGUGGAUUUUCUUUUCAGUGUAAACUAUGGACCAGCCCCAUCGUAAACACUUCUGCUUAAUCUAGGCACUGAGUUUUGCCCUUAAUCUAGGCACUUUAAACCAGAGGUGAGCAGAAGGCAGAUCAGGAUCUACUGACAGAUUUCUUUGUGAUUGCAAGUAGAUGCACAAGGAUUUUUGAUUCCCAGUUGUUUUAACAAUGGCAACAACAAAAGCCCCUCCCCCCCCAAAAAAUUAUAUUGCUGAAAUUAAGAAAGUUAGUGAGGAGGUAACCAAGAGUUUGUGAGGGGUGGUGGAGUGCAUUCAAUUCUCAAAAUAAAAUUCCUGGGCUCAGAAUUCUUUAACUGUAAACAUAUGUUUUUUGAACCAGCUGGGGCUGGUGGAUCUCAGGAUGAUUGUAUUAUCCUGAAGGCUGCCCACCUCUGCUGUAAAUAGUUUUGCUUCAGUGUCCCUCUUCUUAACUUUCCUGCUAGUUUUACAGAUGAGCACGAUGUAAUGUAUAAUGUGCAGCAGCACAUGUUUUGGAAGCGUUAUAAGCUUUGCCCUCCAGUUCUGUGCAAAUCUUCAAAGAACUUGAAGAUUAAUAAGGCAGCUUAAUAAUACUAUGUCUAUUAAAACAAAUAGACAAACUUCUAACCCUGACUCUUAAGAUUCAAAUAAUGGUAUACCAUCUAUUUUGAGUCUUUAUUCCUGCUAGUAAGGAUUACUCUGGUCAGCCACCAAGGUCUGCUUGUAGCCUUUGUUGAAAGACAAGUGGAACUAAAUUACAAAAUAAAGAGGUAACUCUAAGGGUCAUUUCAAACAUUACAUGUCUACAAGUGUUUUGCUUUCAUAUAAGAAGAGGCCUGCUGGAUCAGGCCAAGGGUCUGUCUAAUCCAGCAUCUUCUUCUCACAGAGGCCAACCAGAUGCCUAUGGGAAGGACCUGAGUACAACAGCACUCUCCCAUUUGUGAUUCUCAGCAGCUGGUAUUCAGAGCCAUACUGCUUCUGACAGUGGAGGCAGAACAAAUUGUGGCUAGUACCACUGAUAGCUUUAUCCUCUGUAUCACAACACAUACAUGCAGCUGGGAAACAGCCAAGCUCAGUUCCCUUUCAUUUUACAUCUGUAUCAGUCAUGCGUUGCUGAACACAGCGACUGGGUGAAUUUUACUUAAGUUUCCAUUUAAAUCAGUAAGACUUAAUUUUCCACAUUUAUAGGACCUUAGUCCACCUAACUUAGUCUGGAUCCAGCCUGUUAAGGUUUUGCAUGUUUACAUAGGACUGAUUUGUAUGGGGUCAAUCACAACAGGGUGUUGUGUGCCAAUCCCAUUAUUGGCCUAGGGAUGUGCAUUUGCAUUCACAUUGUAAGAUGGAUGGGCAUGUGCAUCUCUAUCCAUGACAUGCCAUGCUGAAGAUGAGAUUGCAUGGCUUUUGUAUUCCCCUCAUUGGUUCAGUAUUUUAUUGGUACGGUGCUGUAUUCUUUCCUGAAUGAACAAUUUAAUAAGCUUCUGUACAUUGCUUGCACUGUUUAUUCUACAAAACUGUGCUCUGUAUUUACUCUGAUUCAUACCUCUUGAUGAGGCAUUAUAUGGAAAUAAGCCUCUCUGGAGCCUGUAGUGGCUGCCAGUCCUGAAAGUAUAAAGAGCAGUACCUUGAGAUUUCCCACCCACCCUGCUCUUAAGACAAGGAGAGAGUCUUGCUGCCUUUUUCUCAAGAGAAAUCAAUCCAGGACAGGGAUUUCCUUGUUUCCUCUAGCACAGGGAUGAGAAAUCUGUGACCCUUCAGUUGUUUUUAGACUCCAACUCCCAUCAGCCGCAGCCAACAUGACCAAUGGUCUGGUAUGAUGGGAGUUGUUGUCCUACAUCUGAAAGGUUACAGCUUCCCAAUCCCUGGUCUAGCAGAAGCAGCAUAGUGCAUGCCACAAGGGUGAGUGAGCAGCACCAGGGACUCUCUAUCCAUAGCAUGGGUAGGGAAAGGAAAAGUCUGGAAGGAUGAUCUCCAGGCAUAGCUGGCUAUAGCUGCUGGGGGGGUGUACACCUACUACAGUCACUCUGAGAUUUUUUUCCCCUUGUGAUGCGUUAUUAUGAAGCAAAUGUAUGAACUGGCUGUAUGUAAUAAUUGUUCAUUAUUGUGCUGUUCUGAGGUGUAGUUUUAAGAGAUUUAGCCUUUUUUCCUAUAUUUAUAUUGAUUUAACUCUGUACUCACGGCAUUCAAUUAAGCACCAACCCUACCAGUACAGCAUCCCAUGGCUAAAUUUACACUUACAGUUUCACUUGCAUUCAGAAAGCAAUUUGCUAUAGACCUUGUGCUCAAACUCCAGGCAGAUUUGAAAUUUACAGCCAAAAGGAUCCGGAAAGUACCUUCUUGUUAAUCUAGUUGUGCAUUUUUUUUCAUUGCAAAGGUUUCUCUAGCUCAUCCCAAGUUAAAGCAGAAUUUAUGUAAGAUGGUGCUCUUAGUAAAGUGGCAGCUUAACCUGUAGCAAAAUUGUUUCUGCUCUGCUCAACACCUUGACUCAUGUGCAACAGUGUUGUGCUGUGUGAUGCUUGUGUUGUAUAGUAUUCCAGGUAAAUAUACUGUCACGUUUAUUACCCCUUUGUCCUUCUGUUGUACAGAAUGGCUGGCGUAGAACGUUGUACAGCUGGAAUGUGUUUGUACAUAACACUGGGGGAAGACUCAAAUAGCUUAUAUACGUCUCCCACAACAUAUACUGAUUACCUUAGCCAGCCAAAGAUUUCUCUUCUCUGCUGCUUAAAUUUGUGCCUUAAUAUUGUAUAUAAUAAAUGUAUACAAUGGCUUUCCCCCACCCCUUGAAUUUUCAGUGUUAAACGUGUUGGAGGGAAACUAAUAAACUUCGGUGGUUUCUUUGCUUUGUUCAUGAAGUUAAAAACUUGAGGUAUGAGCUGAGACACUCCUGGUGCAAAACUUAUCUCACCUCCUCCAUGAACUCACGAGUGAACCCCUUAGCAAGCUAUGAUCUCUCAAGGUUUUCUUGUUUUUGUCGAUGUUGCUGUUUCCUAAUUAUCCUCUCUCUGUCCGCCCAUGCACCCAUCUUGCCCACCUCCCAGUGCUAAGCUUAGGACAUGGAAGACCAGGAACGUGCAGUUUGUUCUAUUUGAACAUUUACCCUUCCUACCAGCUAAUGUGAGCUCUCAAAACAGCUUACAAGAGAUCAGAAAUGUUGGUGUCAAUCCAGUGAUUGCUCAGACUGAGGAACCAAGUUUAUAUAAAAUCAGCUAGUCCCUAAUAUUCAGAUAUAUGAAAGGCUGCUGUCACAUGGUUCAGGUCCUAUUUUCUGGACCAUUAUCCAAUAGGUUCAAAGUACAAGAAAGGGGAUUUAGACUAAACAUUAAGAACUUUCUGGUGGGACAAGCUGUUCAGCAGUGGAGCAGACUGCCACAGAGGGUGGUAAAGUCUCCUUCAUUAGGUGGCCAUCCAGCUUCUGGUUGACAACCUCUAUCAGAAGAUACCAUAGCAGUGGAUUUUCUGCAUCAGCAGGGGGUUUGAUUGGAUGUACUUUGAGUUCCCUUCCAACUAUUAUUAUCCCAUAACUAAAAUGUAAUCAAUCUGAGUGGAGAUGAGAAAUGAAAGAAAUAAAAUGGAUUUAA